AUGGAUCACACGCACGUGUCUCACGGGGCUUCUCUAACUACAACUCAAACUCUGUCGGAUGCUGACGGUGCUUUGGAACAUGGCGUUGAGAAAUCAGACACCAGAAUGACCCGGACGUCCACUCGUCGAACACUGGAGCGCUACCAGACAAGGCCGACACAAGAUGCCUCGGAUGUGCUGGAUUUGCCUUACGACAUCCUCAGUGAUGAGGCCAACAUGAACGAAUAUCUGGAGGAGACGACGACUGGUGUGAUUCCCAAGAAGACGAUUUCGAGGGUUACUGGAGCGCUUGAGGAGCACGAAUUGGUGACUUUCAAGAUUGGGGAUCCGGAGAACCCAAAGAACUGGUCCAAGGCUUAUAAGUGGUGGUGCACCAUGGUCGUCGCAUUCACAUGCUUUACCGUCGCAUUCAACAGCGCCGUCAUCACCGCCGACUUGGAAGGCGUCUCAGAAACAUUCCACGUCUCGGAAGAAGUUUCCCUCCUGACCAUCACCAUGUUCGUCAUCGGAUUCGGAGUCGGGCCCCUCGCAUUUGCACCGUUGUCGGAACUCUACGGUCGGAAACCGGUCUAUAUCAUCACCCUCAGUCUCGCUGUCAUAUUUGAAAUACCCUGCGCCGUGGCACAGAACAUUGGCACUCUGUUGGUCUGUCGGCUCAUCGACGGCGUCGCCUUCUCUGCCCCCAUGACUCUUGUGGGUGGCACACUGGCCGACCUGUGGAAGAACGAAGAGCGUGGCGUCCCCAUGGCGGUCUUCUCAGCUGCGCCCUUCAUCGGUCCUGCGAUCGGACCCCUGGCAGGCGGUUUUCUCGGUGAUGCCGCCGGAUGGCGCUGGCUCUACUGGAUCCAACUCAUCCUCUCCGGGUUUUGCUUGGCCAUCCUGACCUUUACCGUGCCGGAGACCUACACGCCGAUCCUCCUCGACAAACGGGCCAAGAAGCUCCGCAAGGAGACGGGCGACAGCAGAUACGUGACGGAAAGGGACCUCGACACCCGCCCGUUGACGCAGCAACUUGCCAUCUUCCUCCUCCGGCCACUGCAGCUACUGUUCCUGGAACCCAUCGUGCUUCUCAUCUCGUUGUACAUGUCGGUGCUCUACGGCCUUUUGUACAUGUUCUUCGUCGCGUACCCCAUUGUCUACGUCGAGGGCAAAGGGUGGACCGAAGGCAGCACGGGUCUGAUGUUCAUCCCGCUGGCCGUCGGCGUGCUGUUGUCGGCGGUCCUCUCGCCCUUUGUCAACCGGCACUACCUCUCCAUCUGCGCUAGGUACCCGGACGGCAAACCGCCGGCGGAAGCGCGCCUCAUCCCGAUGAUGCUCUCGUGCUGGCUGAUCCCGAUCGGGCUGUUCAUCUUCGGCUGGACGUCGUACCCGGAGAUCUCGUACUGGGGCCCCAUGAUGGGCGGCUUCCCCGUCGGCUUCGGCUUCAUCUUCCUCUACAACUCGGCCAACAACUACCUCGUCGACACGUACCAGCACCUGGCCGCCUCGGCCCUCGCCGCCAAGACCUGCAUCCGCUCCUUCUGGGGCGCCGGCGUCGUCCUCUUCACCGUCCAGAUGUACCACACCCUGGGCUACCAGUGGGCGAGCUCGCUCCUGGCGUUUCUGGCCCUCGCCUGCUGCGCCAUCCCCUACGCGUUCUACUUUUACGGCGCACGCAUCCGGCAAUUCAGUCGCUACGCCUUCAAGGACGAAAACGAAGUUUCGCCCAUCAGGGCCAAGAAGGCUGGCGAAGUGUGA